UGACGCGGCGACGAGGGAGGAGGAAGCGGGAGCAGCUUGGGCUGCGUUUUCUCCAAGAGCGAUAAACAAGAGAGGAGAGAAAAGUAGACUGUGAGAGAAGAAGAAAAAAAAGGAGCAUGACAGACAGAGCCUGAGUGCAUGAUUGCGAAGGAAUACAGACAGACACGGGACGGGGGAAGGAGGAUCUACCGUAUUCCAUCUGCCGCCUUCUUUUCUUUCUCUUUUAUGUCAUCUUUGGUUGUUUAGUGCUGUUCCUAAUACUUGCAGAAAUGAGCUCUCAUUGAGCAGGGGGGAGAGCACCGGGAAAAGGAGGAAUUCUCUGUAUUGGAAGACACAGGAAAAGGCAGAGAACUUUGAUCACGGAUCUCAGAGACACAGUGGAUUACGUCUAUUCUGUGGCCCCUGACAAAAAGUUUCUGUGGAAGUAAAAAACUAGGAGGAAACUUCUUGGUAAAUGCCUGUGGCUGUGUCAUUGCGCCGGAGCGAUUAGCCUGUCUGCACAGACGAAUAUGAUCCGUGUAGCAUAACCUGGCUUUCUCCAUUGGGUGCUAAUGUAUCUGCAGUAAACACUUUGGACAGGUGAUUUGUAACUGAGCGUCUUUUCCUUUGCUGUGCGCACCUUGGAAUACAAGAGGAGAGGUGUCUGAUACAUUGUCACAAUAUUGUGACAGUGUCGCAUCUGUGUGUCGCUCUUGCGGCUGUGCGAUCCUGAGGAAGGAUGUACCUGGCGGAUGGGAAGUCGCUGCGUCUCUGGCACCUGGUGGUUGGGAUUCUGACGCUGCUGCCUGCGUCUAGUCAGGCACUGGUUUGUUUACCUUGCGAUGAGUCGAAAUGCGAGGAGCCCAAGAACUGCCCGGGGAGUAUAGUUCUGGGCAUCUGCGGCUGCUGCUUCAUGUGCGCCCGGCAGAAAAACGAGAGCUGCGGAGGAGUCUAUGGGCUGCAUGGAGCCUGCGACAGGGGGCUGCGCUGUGUCAUCCGCCCCCCACUCAAUGGCGACUCCAUCACAGAGUAUGAAGUGGGGGUUUGUGAAGAUGAGAACUGGGAUGAUGACCAGCUCCAUGGAUUUGAACCUUGCAAUGAAAACUUUGUAACAGGGUGCAACAUCAUCAAUGGAAAAUGUGAAUGCGACACUAUUCGGACCUGUAACAGCCCCUUUGAGUUCCCCAACCAGGAGUCAUGUCAAACUGCCCUGAAAAGGAUUGAAGAAGAAAAACCAGACUGCUCGUCAGCCCGAUGUGAGGUGCAGUUUUCUCCACGGUGUGCAGAAGACUCCGUGCUCAUCGAAGGCUAUGCCCCUCCUGGUGAAUGCUGCCCGCUGCCCAGCCGCUGCGUGUGCAACCCAGCAGGAUGCUUGCGAAAAGUUUGCCAGCCCGGUUAUCUAAACAUACUUGUGUCUAAAGCUUCAGGCAAGCCAGGAGAGUGCUGUGACCUGUAUGAAUGCAAACCAGUUUUCAGUGUGGAUUGCAGUACUGUGGAGUGCCCUCCAGUCCAGCAGGUUGAGUGCCCAUCGGAUAGCUAUGAGACCCAAGUCCGACUGACGGCUGAUGGAUGCUGUACGUUGCCAACAAGAUGUGAAUGCCUGUCGGGGUUGUGCAGUUUCCCUGUAUGCGAAGCGGGGUCAAUCCCCCGAAUAGUCUCACGGGGCAACGGGACACCGGGAAAGUGCUGUGAUGUCUUUGAGUGUGUUAAUGAAACCAAACCAGCAUGUAUUUUUAACAAUGUGGAGUACUACGAUGGGGACAUGUUUCGCAUGGAUGCUUGCCGUUUCUGUCGAUGUCAAGGAGGAGUUUCCAUCUGCUUCUCAGCUCAGUGUGGAGAGUUGCACUGCGAUCGCUAUUAUGUGCCAGAAGGGGAGUGCUGUCCAGUAUGUGAAGACCCUGUAUAUCCAAUGCACGAUCCUGCUGGGUGCUAUGCUAAUGGCCAGAUUAGAAGCCAUGGUGACCGCUGGCGAGAAGAUGACUGCACGUUCUGCCAAUGCAUUAAUGGAGAGCCGCAUUGUGUCGCAACGGCGUGUGGUCAGAGCUGUCUAAAACCAGUCAAAGUACCUGGAGAAUGCUGUCCAGUGUGUGAAGAACCUACAUACCUUACUAUGGCUCCACCAACGUGUGAUCUGCUGGUAAACUGCACACUGACUGAAAUAGACUGCAGCUAUGGAUUCCGAUUAGACCAGAGCGGCUGCCGCACAUGUCAUUGCAAAACAAGAGAGGAACUUUGUACCGGACUCAUAUCAGGCUGUGCUUUGGACUGUCCAUAUGGCUUUCAGACCCACCAUCAUAACUGUGAGAUCUGUCAGUGCCGGCCACGGCCCAAAAAGUGCAAGCCUGUGAUCUGCGACAAGAACUGUCCUUUUGGCUACCUGAAAAACAAACAUGGCUGUGAUAUCUGUCGCUGUAAGAAGUGCCUGGAUGCCCCAUGCAGCAAGAUCUGUCCCACGGGUUUUGAGCAAGACAGCCACGGAUGCCUUAUCUGCAAGUGUAGAGAAGCAGCAGAAACUGUUGUGCCGCCGGUCUUAACAGGCACCUGUCUGUCAAUGGAUGGGAGACGACAUGAAAACGAAGAGAGCUGGCAUGAUGGUUGCCGCGAGUGCUACUGUCAUAAUGGACGGGAGAUGUGCGCAUUGAUAACAUGUCCUGUCCCUGGCUGCGCUAGUCCCACUAUACUUCCAGGACAGUGUUGUCCCUCAUGCCCAGAGGACGCCAGUGGGAAGAAGCCAGAGUUCACAGACCCAUCCAUCUGCCAUGCCCCGGGAGGGGAGUAUUUUGUUGAAGGAGAGACAUGGAAUAUUGAUUCCUGUACUCAGUGUACUUGUCAUAGUGGAAGGGUGCUAUGUGAAACUGAAGUCUGCCCUCCCCUGCUUUGUCAGAACCCUACUCGUACUCAGGACUCCUGCUGUCCUCAUUGCCAAGAUGAAUCUCUUCAGCCUUCUGUGCCGGGCAAUGACAGUCUGCCCAGCUACUGCAAAAAUGACGAGGGAGACAUUUUCCUGGCAGCUGAGUCUUGGAAACCCAAUGUUUGCACUAGCUGUGUCUGCAUGGACGGAAUGAUCAGCUGCUACUCAGAGUCCUGUCCGCCUGUAACCUGUGAGAGGCCGGUCCUGAGGAAGGGUCAGUGCUGUCCAUACUGCAUAGAGGAUACAAUUCCAAAGAAAGUUGUCUGCCACUUCAACAGCAAGACCUAUGCAGACGAGGAGAGGUGGGAUAUUGACAGCUGCACUCAUUGCUACUGCCUGCAAGGACAGACCCUCUGCUCCACUGUCAGCUGCCCGCCUCUUCCCUGUGUGGAACCAAUGAAUGUGGAAGGGAGCUGCUGUCCCAUGUGUCAAGAGAUGUAUAUUCCUGAACCCACUAACAUCCCCAUUGAGAAGACGAAUCACAGAGGGAAAAAUGAACACGAUAUACUUCACUGGCCAACACCAAGUGAGAAUGACAUUCACCACCACAGAGAAUUGGGUCAUCUUAAAGUGAAUUACAGAGAAGGAGACAGACCUCGGCCCGGUGAAGACAACCCUCUCCACUCCGUUGCAUGGGUGGCUGUCCCGAUACUGACGGCUUUGAUAAUCAUCAUAGCUCUUCUCCUUGUCAAUCAGAAAAAGCAGUGGAUUCCAGUGCCUUGUUACCGGACUCCUACCAAGCCAACCUGUCUGAACAACCAGCUGGUUUAUGUGGACUGUAAGAAAGGAACUAUGGUACAAGUGGACAGUUCACAGAGGAUGCUAAGAAUGGCUGAUCCAGACUCUAGAUACAGUGGCUUCUACAGUAUGCAAAAACAGAACAACCUGCAGGCAGAUAAUUUCUAUCAAACUGUGUAAGGAACACCCAGACAUGGAUUUUCCUUUUGAAAGGAAAUCAAAACAGACGAGAGGACGGGAAAAAGACUGAAGCCUGCUACAUAAAACAAAACAAAAACUAGAAACGUGCACUUGCUUAUUGGAUUGUGUGACAUGUACCGCCAGGACCUUCUGAGAUGGACUCCUGUCUCCUGCAAUGUGCCAAAACAAACAUUCCCACUUUCCCUUUGUAACAACUGACCAAGUGUUUUCUUAGAACCAAAGUUUGGAGAACUGGCUUAUGCGUAUCUGCUUGUAACAUAGAUGUAGAAACGUUUUCUUUUUUUUUUGGGUGGAUAGGAAAGACAGUUUGGGGUAUCGACAAAGGAGAGGUCACAAGAGCUUAAAUGAAAACAGGAAGAAGGCAAAUAUGUUUAAGUGUGGGGGGGGGCACUAAGUUUAUUUUCAAAAAGUUGUUAGAUGGGCUUAUCCUGGUAAUGCACAGAUGUGAAAAUGUCAGUGCACCCCAAUCUAAGACAUUGGCUUCUCCUGCAUCUCAGAUCCUAAAUACAUUUAAAACAGGAAAAACAAUGCUGAAAGUGGAGUGGUCUUUACAGUUCAUGCUACAGAUUGUCGCACACUAAAGAUGCUACAGUACAAAUCACAGCCAUGUUUAAGCUGCAAAACAUUCUUUCCUUUCUAAGUUGAUCUGUACACGUGUACAAUUCAAACAACAACAACAAAAAUAACAACAAAGAACUGAUGAUAACUGCAGAAAAGUAAAACUGAUGGUUACAGUUCUGAAAUAAUAUAGAAUGUGCUGCUUUUCAAUAUUUUUAUUUCCUUUUUAGCUGAUUGGCCAGUUUGAUUAAGACAAAAUUACAUAGGGCUUAGUAGGUGUUUUUUCAUAUAUAAAUAUAUAUAUAUAUCUAUAUCUGAGCACUGGAUUUUUAUUUUUUCCUGAGAGCAGUAUUUAAAGUAGAACAUUUUAAGACCUUCACCAUGCUGUUCAAAAUAUUUCUUUUAUAAUGGGGUGUUGUUGAAUCUUUUUUUUUAUUUUAUUUUUGUGUGCGUGUGUGAAUGUGUGUGUGUGACUUUUGUUGCAUUUUUUGCGCUACCAAGAGAAGGAUUGAUAAUAUUAUUAAAAUGUUUGUUACUAGAGAGGCAAUGGAUGUAGGCAAUAUUGCCGAAAUCCAGGAAGCCAUUGACAUUAGCUUGCUGGGUAAAAAAAAAAAAAAAAAGAAGAAAAAAAAAAAGUUCUGCUUCAAAAAACAAUGGAGGGUGGGGAAAGCAUUGUUUUAUUCCUUUUUUUCUUUUAUGUUUUUUUUCUAAUUUUGGUUGAUGUUUUAAGUUACAGGUUGCGCAAAUAAGAAAAAACGCUACCCUAUUUGGGAGUUGCUUAACUUUAUAGUAUUCAAGCACCUUUUUUUCAAAGCCGAGUUUAAGAAAAAAAAAAUCAAAACAAAGUUACAAAAAAAGUAAGAAGAGAUUAUGCUUCUUUGAAUUUUAGCGUUACAGAAAUAUUUAUGUAAAUGUAUAUUAUGCUAAAACAACAACAAAGUAUUUGUGUGUUUGUGUAUAUAUAUAUAUAUAUAUAUAUAUAUAAAAUUUCCUGUGUUUUUUUUUUCUUUUGAAUGUAUUUUUAUCCAAGAAAGAGAAAUUUACCCAUAAAAGUCACAUUAAAACCAGCAUUCCAUGCCGAUGCUUAACAGCUUGUCAGUUCCAAAUGGGACACGGACAUUUCUAUUCUACCUACUGUUUUAUUUUCCUUUUUUUAUUUUGUGUGUGUGUAUGGGUUUUUUUUUUGUCUCUUUACUGGUUCACAUAUGUUUGUGUGCAUAUGCAUUAUGUAAAUGUGUGUACAUGUGCAUGUGAACCUAAAAACCCUAGUGACUUCAGCAAUAAGCAAAAGUCCUGCUAUUUGCUAUACUGAGUUGGGAAGGGAGGGGCUUUUUAAUUUAUUAUACAGUAUAUACUUCUGUUGUCUCUGUUUUGCCAAACGAGUCCAGGAAAUUAACCUGGUAUUUAGGUGUUGUGAGGUGACAUUGAGUUGAAUAAAACAUGGAAGAAAUGCAUUUCAACCAUAUUACUGGUAAAUGUAACUUGCAGAGCUUAUGGUGUUGGUCAGUCCUGUAAGAAAGGGAUGUGCAACUCCUUGUAGACAUACACAUGGCUGGAAUCCAUCGAAGUCUUGAGAUGUUUCCUCAUGUAUAGAGCUAUAUAUUAAGAGGAAGGUCCAGCUGAUAAAGAAAGUAAAGGCACCACCUGCUUAUUAUGUCAUGUGAUCUGAGCAUAACUGUUGUGAAGUAUGAACAAUGCCUACAUGUAUUAUUCAGCCCACGCUCUGUGUAGGUGCGGUGUGCACUGGAGAGAGGAAAUGGAAAAUAUAGGAAGUAUAUUCUCAAGACACAGUUAUAUAACAACAGUACACAUAUGGAAAUAUAUAUUUCUUCAAACUGCACGUUCACUGAUUUUUUUUGUGAGCUUAAUAAAUCAUAUUUCCUUUUGUACACUAAUGCCUUUGAACUUUGGAUAAUAAGUACAGUAGCUUUGCUUAGAAAUGAAAAAAGGUUGAUGAAAUAUAGAUCAUACAAUUUCAAGCCAUGGACAUGUUUUGAAUAUUUCCGAGUGUUACAAAUGCUGUUUCAGAUAGGAACAAAUAGUAUUUUUAUAUGGUUUACCUUUAAGUGUCAUCAAAAUAAACAUGUAUAUUAAAUUAACUUCUUUAUGGGACAUAUUUUCAUCUAUUAAACUCCUUUAAACUCACUGAAAGCAUUAAUCCCAUGAGCAUGUUUUUAUUAAAUGCUGGUAACAGCCAACAAUUGGCAGAACUGUUGUAGUCCUCUGAGGUAAUUACAUGGAUUCCUCUUCACUUUGCUCAACCUAAAAUCCUCAAUUUACAGUAUAUGUGUUUUCACUGGAUCUUCCAGGGUCCCUGAUGCAAGUAAUGUCUAAAGGUGUCUGUUCUGUACUGUAACCGCUGACCUGUUUCUGUCAGACCAAAAGCUCAUCCACACCCUUACCCCAUGUGAACAUUGCAUUAGAAGGAAUUGAAAGUACACAGGAGAGGUGUAUCAAGACAUGGUGAGAUGUUAGAGUAUAGAGAGGGUCUGCUAGCAGUAGUUAUCAAAUACAUUUGGGGAACGGAGCAUAACCCAUUGCAUGCAAUCCAAAACAUUUUUUUUCUUUUUUGUGUGGACGAACACUUUACUGUAGGAUUUCCGAACCUGUUGUUGUGUUUUGCUUUGUUUUUCUUCUGGUAUCCAGUUUAUGUCUAAGAAUCCGCUUCACAACCCAUGCUUCAUCUUAGAAAUUAAUGACUUUACAGUCAUCUAUAAAGGAAAAUAUUGUCUUAAACAAUAUUAUAAAUUGGUAAUUGUGGCUUUUUCAAAGUACUAAUUUCUACACACAGCUAAGAAUUAGAUUAGUUUGUAAUACACAAUAAUUGUAAAAAAAAAAAGAGGACCAUGAAGAUCCAUGCUAAAUGGAAUUAAUGGUCAUGUCCCACAGAUUAAGAACCCCUGAACAAUGUUCAAAUAUAGUGUAUAUAGACAUGUCUCAUCAGUUUAAGGUCCUGGCUAUAGGAACAAUUUAUUGUGGAUUCAAUUACAAUGGUCCUUGUAAAGUUCACCUGUCACCUACAUACAGGGUAGUUAGGCAUUUACUGAGUUAAACCAAUAUCAGUAAGUUUAUAGACCAACAGUAUACUAAUACCCGGUUCCUCAGUCAUGUCACUAGUGUCUGGUGUAUUGUUGGUUACGUUCUCAUGUAUCAGUCUUAAAAUGGCUGCUUCCAAUGUGUGUUGGCAGAGGCGGAACUGUUCUAUACUUAUAUGCUACUAUAUUUACUUUCAUUGUGUGUCAGUCUUCUUAUGUCCUCAGAAAGGUCUUAAUGAUUUUCAGGUUAUGUAAGGAGACGUUGCUUGUGGAGGUAAUAAUGAAAAUGACAGUUAUUUGGUUUAACCUUAUAACAUUUCUGGGGGUUUUUUUUUUGUGUUUUUUUAAUUGGAACAAUAUGCAUAUAAAACACCCUAUAAUAUUCAGAAGGUGCAGUUUUAUAUCGGUGACAUAACCCAAGUCAAGGUAUGUAUGCAAAUUGCUGUACUUUUACUGAGUAAAACCUUCUGCCUAUUGUAACUAUUUUGUGCCUUAUUGUUUAUUUUUGGCAAAGGUAUAGUGAGUGACUUCAUAUGUCUUACUUCAUACCUGGAAUAAAAAUACACUCAGGGUCAUUUAUAAUUGGCCAGCUCUUUGUUAGGAGCAAUUUUCCAUCACUUGACUGCUUUGGAACCCUUUGAAGCUACAGAAAAAUGAUGUCUCGUUGCAAACAUAUUGAAAGGAGCUUCAAGUGGCAGAGAUGAAGCAAGACUGCUGUACGUUGCACAGUCAGAGAUUACCCAAUACACAAAAGGCCUUGGUUUUAUACUAAUGUGGAGGGGGCAUUAAUCCAUAUUUUCAGUGGGACAAUCUGAACAUUCAAGGAGCUCAAGAUAAAAAAAAAAAAAGCAUAUCAGAUUUGAAGUAAGGACAGACCAAGUAAAUGAGCAGUACAUCUGAAGACAGUAAAACGUCCUUUGUCUGCAGUAAAAUGGAAUCUUUUUACCUACUGUAUACGUGUUAGGCACUGGAGAAGCUCAGUAAUCUGGGUGUAGUGAACUUAAGUGUGCAUUUUGCACAAAUAAUAUGCACAAUAAGAUGCAGAAAUUAGCAUUGCACUAUUAGCUCUGAGCUGUCCAGUUGUAAGUGACAAAUCCUGGCCACUUGUAAUACAGAUUCUGGUUAUAUUAACUGUUGUUUGGCAGAUUUGCAGAGGUUGUCCACACUCAAAUGACUAAUCUAUCGAUUCGUUCAUACUGUCCUAGUAAAGAUUAAUUUUUUAAUGUUUCUUGUGCUUUGAAUAUGUUGUUUCUUGUGUGUUACAACACAAUUCUGGGCUUCUUAUUGCCUUAUAUACAGCUGUAAUACAAAAAACAGCUUUGUGUUGUAUGCCAGGGCAACGUGAAUAAACUUCACGGCUGAUAAAAUAAUGCACUUAUCAAAAGUUGCCAGAAAGUAUGUACACCUAAACAUAAAGUCAUAUGAAGUUGGGGGUCUACUACGUUAUGCCAGCGCUUGGGAUCUGGCGCCCAGCAUACUGGCACCGGGAUCCCGACCGGCGGCAUGCAGGCAGCGGAGUGAGCGCAAAAGAGCCCCUUGCGGGCACAGUGGAACGCUACACAUGCAACGCUAUUUAUUCUCCCUCCAGGGGUCUCGUGGACACCCCAAGGCUGAGAAUAGUUGUCGGUAUGCCGGCUGUUGGGAUCCCGGCGCCGGUAUGCUGAGCGCCCGGAUCUUAUCAGCCGGCAAAUCAAAUGCCUCCCAAAGGUGGAAAACUGCUUAAUCCCUGUAAGCUUGCUCAGUACCUCUUCCUCAAAUCUCUUCAAACUUUCCCCAUUGAUAUUGUCACAGAGCCACAUCUAUUCUAGGUGGACAGCUACCCUCUGCAUCUCCCGACUCUGAAAUAUCAGUAAAUGUAAUGCGAUGUCAUUUUUCCAUUGAAGAAAUUACCAUUGAUUUGAGAAAGGGUUUUUUUUAAAUCUAGAUCUCAUGAGAACUUAUCCUAUACCCUUGCAAGGUGUCACGUCUGUGCAUUGGUUUUGUAAACAUUUUUAUUUAGAAAUAAAAUAUGCACUGACCUGUUUCAUCAUGGGAGGCUAAGCUUGACACUAAUGUAUAUACCGUACACACAAUUAAAAAAAUCUGUGAGAGAAUCAGUGAACACUUAUGUAACCCAUAUCAAUCAGUACAGUUGUGACUUCCAAGCAAGCAGUUGGCCUGCUGAGCAGUUUAUCUCCAAUGGAUUGUACUGCUGUAUGCUACAUUUACUACAUUUAGUGUAAAUUUAUUAGAAUUUUUUAAACACCUGCAAAUGCAUAUGAAAAGAAUUAUGAGGCCACUCAUCCAGUUCUUCAAUUGGUAUUAAUCACCCAAAUGAAGUUUGUAGGCUUGCCAGUCUGUGUAUAUUUCUAUUCUAGCUGCAGUUGAUGUAUGAUUUUGUUUUCAUACUAAGUAUGGAAGCUUAUUAAGUAUAACUUAAAUACUCAUUUUUAAUGCUGUUUCAGUGACUUCAAAAUCCAUAAUGAUAUUAUUUUCCCAUAUACGCUAUUUAUUUUUAUAUGGGAUGCUCAAUAUGUCACAAUCAAUAUACAAGAAUGUAUUUGUUAAUUUGGACAACCUAAAAAUAACCUCUGUUAACUAUUUGUAACAAUAUAUGAACUUGUUUCAUUAGGUCUUAAUGUAACAAUAUGUAGAAUUAUCUGUUUAAACUACAGCACAGGAAUCCUGCUGCAUCUAUCUCCUCCAACUUCUGUGUAUUACCAUUAAACCAUUGCAUGCAUUUUUAUAUACUACUGAGUCAGAAUAUGCUGGCAGGAUAUUUAAAGGAAGCCCCUCCUUCAGAGAAAAGCAGGCAACUUUUUUUUCUCCAAUUUUCUUAGUGCUUGGGUACUGCAAAAGAUAAGCUUAAGGUGCGUACACAGUACACACUGGCAUAUAUAUUGGCCGUUCUAUUGAACAUCCGAUAUAUCGCAGGACCAUCAGCCAGUGUACAGGAGCAAUAUGUCUGUGAAUGCCGUCUUUCACAGACAUAUCGCGGCGGCCCUGCAGCACAGCCGAUAUACGAUAUAUUGGCGCACCGUGCUCCAUGUACGGGCGGUCAGCCGACUGUCCAUACACUUGCUGCAGACGCUGGCGGUGAUUGACAGCACAACUGGGCAGGCACAUGUAAAUGCCCGCCCAGUUUGUGAUGUCAGUCCCGAUGGAUCGGGCAGUGUGUAUGCUCAACACACUGCCCGGUCCAUCCAUAGAUAUAUGAUCAAUUGAUCUGCAGAUAUAUCUACAAGUGUGUACCCAGCAUUAGAUAUGUUCAUUAGAUACAAUUAUAUAUACACAGCAGAUAUGUUGUAUCUAAGGAUUAUGGAAAUAAACUGCUUGGACAACCGCAUUAUCUGCAGGUGGAGUUCCCCUUUAAAAGUGGCAAAAGUUACAGAACAGAAAUAUUGUUUCUACUUCUCUAUUGUGUUCACCUUCAGCAACACUAUUAACCAUAGAGCUUAUGCAAGACUGCUAUCCGCUCUGGCCAACUAAGGGGAUAAAGAGGGACUGACAAAGAUAUCACUUAGAAAAUGAAGGUUUCUGAUCUCUCAUUUACAACAAUGGCUUCAAGGCAUAUAUAAAUAUUCGUCAGUGCCAUUUCUAUAUGCCUUUCUGAUAUAUUUUAGUGUUAAUUUCUAUUUAUGCUACUUGGUUUAACAGUAUACCCUUAUAAUAUACUAGUUUUUCUGCAGCUGAUUGCUAAUAAGAGAUUUAACUAGUAUAUUUAUUACAUAAGCAGUAUUUAACGUGGGUAUAUUAAUGCUCUGUGUCAUCUACUGUUGGCAUAAUUCAGAAAUGCAAAAGUAAAGAUAUGCCAUAAUAUUUGUAUGCUAUUCUAAUGACCGAUAAUACAUAAUAUAAUUUAAAGGGCAACCUGAUUUAAUUGCAGUGCUCAUCAGAGCAGAGUGAAAUCUUGUACCUCCUGGUGCCACGUUACUGCUUCAGGACAUCACCUUGCUGACUAUAAAGUCAAUAGCUGGAUAGGCUUAUUUAAUCUGGAGUAAUUAAAAAACUAGGACUCCACAAGCAUAGAAGAAGACCCCCCAGUUGAGUGCCCACCACUGUGUGGAUUGGGGGGUCCCUUUUAUUUUUAAACUUAUUGUACAUUUAAGGAUGUCCUUCACCAGUGCCAGUAAUUAUGAUACCUUGUGCUGUUAUAGCGAAUGAAAUCCACUGGAGCCACAAAAUAUCUUUUAAGCACGCAAUACAGUGUCCAUAUCAAAUUAGGAUUGGAGCAGAAUAUUAACAAUAAGAUGGAUGUUUACUGAAAUUUAUAGCAAAAAAGUUUUACCAGCUUUACAGUAAUGUCCAUUUGUGUAUCAUUUUCAUAUUUUUGGAUUAUUUGCUAACAUACUGUAGAUUGCUGUCCUAAGUAGCAAUGACUGCUGACAUACAUAGCAAUGAUUACUCGCAUACAUCAGUGGUUUCUUGCAUUCAUUGCAAUGAUAGCUAACAUACUCAGAAAUAAUUGCUAACAUGCAUAGCAAAGAUGCCCAAUAUGCUUAAGGUAAAAAGAAACAAAAAAAUGAAUAAAAAAAAAAAAGUACUUUGUAUUGUAAAAGCUUCCAAGUAUUGUUGUAGAUACUUGGAUAUUUGUUGAAGAAUUAAAAUAAAAAAUAAAAAUAUAUAAAAAAAUGAAAAAAUAAUAAAUAAUUAAAAUAAGUAAUUUAUUGUACUAAUUACCUAAUUUAUAAAUCUGAACAUAAUGAGAAAGUUAACAAAAUGUGUUCCUAAAAAGAAAGGAAAAUAUUUUCACUUUAUAAGAAAGGAUAAAGUUGAACAAAUUCACCUGGUUACACAAUUCAAGCAGUGUGGAAAUAAACUGGCGCCAUUAUAAUUUUUUUGCUAUUUCCAACCUGUCAUAUAAAACAAUAUUGAUUCCCAACAAAUGACAAAAAAAUUCCCAAAUUGCAAGUGCUAUAUAUUGUUUAUUUCGUUUUACUUGUUGCAGUUUAUGCCAUACAUUUAAAUCAUAGGAAAAUGGUGUAUUUUUUAUUGCUAUGUGCUGUAUCCACUCUUUUUCUUCAGUUCCUGGUGUGUUCUUGUAAAAGGAAAGCCGAUCUAAUUUACUAAAGAAACAUAAAAUAGAUGCUUACAUGGCACUAGAACUUUAUCCGCAGAAUCGCAAUUUGCUUGUUUACUUAAAUGAAAAAAUGUAAAACAGUUUCUUGUAAUUUGGCUCUUUGCAGCACAAUAAUAAAACAAAAAAUAUGUUCUGUUCAUA